AUAUGCAAAGCAAGCUCUGGGAUCUCCUAGGCCCAAUGGAGCAGCUCUUCAAGGGCUGGAUAGGCCCACGACUCCAGAAACAUCCAUCACUCGCGAGCAACGAGCCCAAGUAGCUGCAGCUGCAGCUUCAGCUCCAGCACUAGAAGCGUUACAUAAACAGUACCUUGGUGCAAUGACAUAUAUAAUGCAUAAUACUCCUAGCAUUCCCCCAAACUAUCAGCGGAUCAUGGCCUUCUCCAAUAGCCGGAACCAGGAGAUCCUGACGAUAAUAGACCCUACGGCAUCCCCACCUACAAUUUUAUUCAAUGCAUAUAUGGACGCCUACUUCCAACACCUUUUUCAUCAGUUUCCCGUGAUUGAUCAUGCCGACCUAUCUCCCGACAGAGCGUCGCUCGCUCUUCAGCAAGCAAUUUGUAUGGUGGGAACUAUGCUGCGAUAUCCUAAAGGACCGGAUAUUCUGUCAGAGAACGAGAAAUAUUAUUACAACGCCAAGACCCUCAUCCACACCAACCACGAGCAGGACCCGAUGACCGUUCUGAAGGUUUUGUGUCUUUUGGCCACCCGCAACAUCGCUGGUCCGGUGUUAUUGACCGUAGAUUGUGCAUGGCAUUGGUUGGGGAUAGCAAUACGACUGUUGCAACAAAUGGGCCUACACCGCGAAGAGAUGUGUGUUGCCUCUGCUAGUCCGGGAAUCGCACGCAGGAUUGCGUGGUGCCUUUUCGUACAAGAUAAACUGUUGUCUGGUGCAUUUGGAAGGCCGACGUGCAUCAAAGAAAAUGAGUUUGAUGCUCGACCCCUGGUGGAAGAAGAUUUCGAGUGUCCUGGCAUCCAACCCUUGCUUUUCAUGCAGCUGGCCAAGAUAGCAAGCAUUCUGGGUAGGAUAUUAGACCUCCGAUGGCGGUCUCCUAAAGAUAUACAAACCCAGCAUACAGAUAUCCUCCGUACAUUGAAAGAUUGGAUCCACAAUCUUCCGGUCCCUAUUCACAUUUUCGACCGCAACGGUGUGCGAACAUACCGACGGGAUGUUUUCGAAUUACAUAUCGUGUAUCUUGCCACCAUUAUAUUGUACUGUGACCUCUUCAACGACCAUGACAUUACAUCGGUGCCGAACAUUGUAUCUCUGGUCGCCUCUUCAUGCAUUGCCCGCUUAUACCACGAGAUUGACUGUCGGGAUGACCUCAAUUAUCUUCUUGGUAUACAAAACUGGUUCCUAACAGUAGCUGCAAUGCCACAGCUUCUAUACAACGCCGCUGAAUGCUCACUGCCGGAAUCUGAUAGCUACUGUUCGGAAGAGCUGGACAUGCUUGUGUCGUCAUUGGAUCAGGUGCAAGCACGAAUUCCCGGGGCAACGGUGGUAUUGAACGCGAUCAAUAGACUGCGCGCGUCACGCAACAGUGGUCGAGUCCGGAAUACGACAACAACAAUGUAUGAGUCGCGUGAAAACGUCUCCUUCAGCGAAGGCUAUGACAUCUUCAGCUUCCGCGACUUGUUUCCAUUUCCGAAUUCUCUGUCACCAAGGCUUGCUCUGUGGGAGGUGUAUGCUGGCGACAUAUUCCAAGGCCUGGAGACCCCCAUGACUGCCACUGACGACCCUUGCUGGAUCUCAGGGGAGUUCGCGGAUCUUUCUCGACUUGCGUUUGCCGGUCUACCACAGCCAUUUUCUUGAAUAUCCGGCUUCCACUACUAUCAACUUCAUACUGAUUGAUUAUGCAUUAUCUAAC